AUGCCUCGCUCCUCUGCAGGUGCCACUGAAGAAGCCACUUCUAGUCGUUCUAACUCUGAACGCGUCUCUGGUCCUGACGCUCAGCGAUUGUCAUCUGGACAAGAUUCACUGGGAGGGAAACAUGCAACUUCCUACUACGCAGCUAACCCCCUGAUAUCGUCGAAGCUUGGAAAUUUACAGCCCCAAGCAAAUACUAGUCACGAAUCUCUAGGAAGCAAGGCGGAUCGUUCUCUCGUUCUUGGUCACAUCGAAUCCCAUAUCUCUGGAAUGGACAAAAUCCUCGCAAAGUUGUCCCCAAAGCCCCAUUCUGGUGCUAGCAAGGCUUUCUUUGCCACAGGAAGCACGGGAAAACCGGAGGAAAAGUAUUCGCUCCAACCUGACACCCAGAAACGGGAUUCACGAUCUAUCAGCAGCCCCACGGGGUACGCAAUUUUUGAUGAGACUCAUGUCGAGCAACCUUUUGCCACUCAGACAGGGAAACACCCUUUCAAUACUUCCCCUUUGGCUGACGGUGGAAGUUCUGGUGUAUUCAUGAACAAAAGCGAGAUCGAAACACCUGAAAUGCUUCGCUUGAAACAGGAACUACUCGCUGCCAACUCUCGCAUUGCACAGCAGGAGCAGGAAUUGGCCCAAAACCGAGUCAUGAAACACACCUUCGACCAAGCCCUUGGUCCCCCUUCUGAAGUAGACUUUGGCGGUCGAGAAAUAACUGACCACACCAUUAGUAGCCUCCAGUCUGCUUUCAACGCCUCUGCAAAGAUUUCCAAUGAUCGACCAGACUGGGUUCAGGACGAUGCCAGAUCAGAUGUUUCCGAGGCUCUUUCCGCUGGUGCGUACAACAGAGGUCGAGGCUUGUGGACAUUGCCUUCGCAGACUGCACUUGGUUCGCACCAAGCAGCAAACACCAAAUGUUAUCAAGACGUACCUGGUGUAGUCCGAGGCGGCCUUAUGCCUGAUCCGACUGUGCAUUCAUGGUCCACUUCAGCAGUCACACCAUCUUUGAAUGCACAGGCAGUCCCACAACCACAUCGGGUGUUCUCUGGGCCAGCUAGUGCAUUUGAUGGUCGGUAUGCCGGUGAACAAGCUCAAUACGUCAAUGGUCUGAGUCUUGCCCCUCGCCGUUCCAUUUCACAUCGUGCCACAGCCUAUUUUCCGGCAAUGCAAACAACUUGGACACCCUUCAAUGGCGGCUCUCCAAACAACGUCGCUGGGAAGACUCCAGUUACGUCUCCCUUCAAUCCCUAUCAUCAGGUUGGAGUUUAUCAAAUCCCGCAGUAUCAAUCGCGCCCUGUAGGCACUCCACUUUCUCCCACGGCUGCCGAAUUUACUUCCAACGGCUCUACCUCUGAUACAUGGGCCGGGUCGACUAACGCUGGAGCUUCUACUUCGACUUAUGUGACACCUUUGGAGCCACUAAAUUACCGUCGUCUGCUAGACAAACACGUCUCUUGUGACUGGAAGUACAUUGUCGACAAAAUCGUUUGCAACAGUGACCAACAGGCAUCCAUCUUUUUGCAACAGAAACUAAAGGUUGGAACAGCGGAGCAAAAAUACGAGAUCAUAGAAGCCAUUGUGAACCAAGCUUAUCCUUUGAUGAUAAACCGUUUCGGUAACUUUUUGGUUCAGCGCUGCUUCGAACAUGGUACCCCGGACCAGGUGAUUGCCAUUGCCAAUGCUAUCAAAGGUAACACCCUGAGCCUCAGCAUGGAUUCGUUUGGAUGCCAUGUCGUGCAAAAAGCGUUCGACUGUGUACCCGAAGAACACAAAGCGGCUAUGGUCCACGAAUUGCUGCGACGUAUUCCGGAAACAGUCGUCCAUCGCCAUGCUUGUCACGUCUGGCAGAAGCUAUUUGAGCUGCGGUGGAACAACGAGCCCCCACAAAUCAUGAGCAAGGUCAACGAGGCACUACGAGGUAUAUGGCACGACACCGCAUUGGGUGAAACUGGAAGCUUGGUGGUGCAAAACAUCUUCGAAAAUUGCGUCGAAGAGGAAAAGCGUCCUGCCAUCGAAGAAGUCCUGGCAAAUAUCGACCUCCUUUCUCACGGGCAAUUCGGUAACUGGUGCAUCCAGCACAUUUGCGAGCAUGGAGCUCCGCAUGACAAGAACCGAGCCAUAGAGCAUAUUCUACUUUGGUCCGUGGACUACAGUAUGGACCAGUUUGCUUCCAAAGUUAUCGAGAAAUGUUUGAAGAUUGGUGGCUCCGAAUUUCUCGACCGAUACCUGGCAAGGGUUUGCACUGGCCGCGCCGAUCGCCCUCGUAUGCCUCUUAUUGAUAUUGCUGGGGACCAAUACGGCAAUUAUUUGAUUCAGUGGAUCCUACUCCACGCAGCUCCCCACCAGCGUGAAUUGGUGGCGACCCAUAUCAGGAAGCACAUGGUGUCUUUGCGUGGCUCCAAAUUCGGCUCUCGCGUCGCUAUGCUGUGCUGCAACCCUUCUCACGCGACUCGGCCUGGCCCCGGUGCUGGUGUUCCAGUGAACCGCUAUGCAAAUUCCAAUGACGAUCGCAUGCCGGCUGCCAACAGCUCUGGGGGUCGCUUCGGCCGAAGCAACCACUGGCCAUCAUCCAAUUAUCCCCCAUUUCGUUGA